AUUCUUUUUAUCUUUUCAAUUUUCACCUAAUAUUCAUUUUUCUUUCUCCAUUUUCGAAUUGUUUUUCCUCAAUGAUUAACCUCUCGCAACGCCGAUGCUACAUCAAAACCUAGCUUAUUCGUUUUUAAAUGUUGAAUCAAUUUUUCAAUUUCUUUUGAUUGUUUGAGCUACCUUAGGAUGGAAGCUCAACAACAUGAAGCACUUUCUGAAAACAAUGAGGCGAAACCGGAUGAGGUUUCUUGUAAGAAAAGUAAUACCAUGCAAAUUUAUAGACAAGAUGUUGUGAAGAAUAAAAGCAGUGGGUUAAUUGGGAUUGUGACGGAAGUUAAUGGUGAUUCGGAUUCAGAUUCGGAUUCAGAUAGCGGAGUCACGGAUGAUGAGGAUGAUAGUGAGGAUGAGGAGGGUGAUGUUGAGGAGGGCGAUGAAAGUAAUAAUGGUCGCAGAAGUUCUGAUAGGAAUGACGGUUCUGUGCAUGGUAAAACUGCUGCGCUUCAGGCUAACGAGCUACGUGUACUCUGGAAGGAUGAAUCUGAGUCCACACAGAAUUUCAGUGACGUAGAAGUUAUUGAUCGUGGGUUUUUACAUGGUGAUUUUGUAGCUGCUGCCUCUGAUCCUACUGGGCAAGUGGGUGUUGUGGUUGAUGUCAAUAUAACUGUGGAUUUGUUGGCCCAUGAUGGAUCUGUAGUAAAAGAGGUCUCAUCAAAAGACUUGAAGCGUAUUAGAGAUUUCACUGUUGGUGAUUAUGUGGUGCUCGGGCCUUGGUUAGGAAGAAUUGAUGAUGUUUUGGAUAAUGUGACUGUCUUAUUUGAUGACGGCUCAGUUUGUAAAGUCUCCAAAGCAGAUCCAAUGAAUCUUAAACCCAUUUCAAAGAAUAUUCUUGAAGAUGGGCAUUUCCCUUAUUACCCCGGGCAACGUGUAAGGGCCAAGUCUUCAUCAAUCUUCAAGAUGGCUAGAUGGCUGUCUGGCUUGUGGAAAGCAAACAGGUUAGAAGGCACUGUCACCAAUGUUACAGUUGGAUCAGUGUUUAUUUAUUGGAUAGCAUCUGCAGGUUACGGGCCAUUUUCUUCUACUGCCCCUGCUGAGGAGCAGAGUCCAAAAAACUUAAAAUUGUUGUCUUGUUUUGCUCAUGCAAAUUGGCAAUUGGGUGACUGGUGUCUCUUACCCUCAUCUGCGCUGUCAUCCUCUGUUUCCGUAAACAAAAGCAAAUCAAAAUCGAAACAUAAUGACUCUGUUAACAUUGAAUUAGAUUCUAAUCAAACAGAAAGUGGGUGUGAUUCAGAAGAAGCUACAGUUGAGGAAUCAUAUGGGAAUAAGGAUGCUAUGGACCUUGAUACAGCAGGUGCUUUGAUAGGGAAUGGUGGAGAUGAUAGAAAUAAUCCCUCACACGAAUCUAGCUCAUGCGGUAGUUCUAUCUCAGUAUCAAAGGACCCUGUCCAUGAAGCUUGGCCUCUUCAUCGCAAGAAAAUAAGGAAAGUUGUCAUCAGGAAAGAUAAAAGAGCCCGGAAGAAAGAGGAAAGCUUUGAAAAAGCCCUUAUGAUUGCCAACACUAGGACACGAGUUGAUGUUUCUUGGCAGGAUGGAACGAUAGAGCGUGCACUAGAUUCUACAAGUUUAAUUCCUAUUGAUAAUCCUGGUGAUCAUGAAUUUGUUUCAGAACAAUAUGUUGUAGAGAAAACCUCUGAUGUUGGUGAGGAUAAUUGUGAAACUAGCCGAGUUGGGGUGGUUAGGAGUCUUAAUGCCAAGGAGCGGACAGCUUGUGUGAGGUGGAUAAAACCAGCUGCCAAGGCAGACGAUCCCCGGGAAUUUGACAAAGAGGAAAUUGUAAGUGUCUAUGAGCUAGAGGGCCAUCCAGAUUAUGAUUACUGCUACGGGGAUGUGGUUGUUAGACUAUCACCUGUGUCUGUCGGUGUAGAAGCUUCUGUUGGAGAGUCAACUGAGAAAUCAAAGCUGGAGAAUGAGAAGAGUGGAAUUAUAAAGGUAGUGUCAACCCAGUCAACCCAAACAAUAACUUUGUCAACCCAGUCAACCCAAACAGUAACUUUCUCAACCCAGUCAACCCAAACAGGAACUUUAUCUGGCGAAACUGAUGUGGAGUUCUCAGACCUCUCUUGGGUUGGAAAUAUAACUGGCCUUAAGAGUGGUGAUAUUGAAGUUACUUGGGCUGAUGGGAUGAUAUCGACGGUUGGGCCUCAAGCAAUUUAUGUGGUUGGUAGAGAUGAUGAUGAUGAGUCAAUUGCUGCAGGGAGUGAUAUAAGUGAUGCUGCAAGUUGGGAAACCGUCAAUGAUGAUGAAAUGGAAGUCCUAGAGGAAUCAAGAGAGGAUGUUAAUAGGGAAAAUUCAAGCAACAUCAUUUCUGAAGCAGAUGAGAAUGGAGAGAGAGACUUGAGUAGGACUGCAGCACUUUCUGUCCCACUGGCAGCAAUUCGAUUCGUCACUAGACUUGCCUCUGGAAUAUUCUCCAGGGGACAAAGGAGCUCAGAUCAUAUUCACGUGCCGUCAAAUGGUGUAAUUGAAUGUCUGUCACCAGUUAAUGUUUGUGAGACCAGCUCUCAGGAAUGUAUUGCCAUUGAUGAUGGUGACAAUUCAGUCAGCAAGAUUUUUAAAAUGGAGGAGUCUGUUAUUCCAGGAGGAUCUGAAAAUGUGGAAGCAUCUGAGACACUGUGCAGCUUGAAGAAUGAAGAUGCUCCUGCAAGUUGUGACGAUGAUGCUUGCAGUUUGAAACAUUUUGACAUGGUUACAGAUCCGUUAGACCAUUAUUAUAUUGGUGCAAAUGGACAGAGGAACAACCGAAAAUGGUAUAAGAAGGUGCAACAAGAUUGGGGAAUACUACAAAAUAACCUUCCUGAGGAAAUUUUUGUACGGGUUUAUGAAGAUAGAAUGGAUCUUUUGAGGGCAGUAAUUGUAGGGCCAUUUGGGACCCCUUACCAAGAUGGGCUGUUUUUCUUUGAUUUUCACCUUCCGCCGGAGUAUCCCGAUGUUCCACCGUCAGCAUACUAUCAUUCGGGUGGUUGGCGGAUUAACCCUAAUUUGUACGAGGAGGGGAAGGUUUGCCUUAGCCUUCUAAAUACAUGGACAGGCAGAGGAAAUGAAGUAUGGGAUCCAAAAUCUUCUAGCAUUCUUCAAGUUCUAGUUUCACUACAAGGGCUAGUACUCAACUCGAAGCCUUACUUCAAUGAAGCUGGAUAUGAUAAGCAAACUGGAACAGCUGAAGGAGAGAAAAACUCGUUGUCAUACAAUGAGAAUACAUUUUUACUGAACUGCAAGACCAUGAUGUAUCUCAUACGGAAGCCUCCAAAGGAUUUUGAAGUACUUAUUAAAGAACAUUUUAAGAGGCGUGGUCAUUACAUCCUCAAAGCUUGUGAUGCAUACAUGAAAGGUUACUUGAUUGGUUCGUUGAACAGAGAUGCUUCCGUGAGUAAUAAUAGCAGUCCGAAUUCAACCUCGGUUGGUUUCAAGCUGAUGUUAGCCAAGAUAGUGCCGAAACUUUACUUGUCACUUAGUGAGGUUGGGGCCGAUUGCGAGGAAUUUAAGCAUUUGAAAGAGUUGUAACAAAACCGAUUCAUUUCUGGGAGCUUGAAGGAAUAGAAUUGAUGGCAAAAGCAUGAGAGAAGCAACCACUAACAGAGCAGGCUGGAUAUCCCUUUUCACUAUGGUCACCAUUGUAGAGGGGAGGCAAUGUUUGUUACUAACUUUUACGUUAUGAACUUUAUUAUUAAAUAUUGGAAAGAGGGUUGGCAAGGGUUGGAUUUGGUAUUGGUAUGUAAAACCAUUUGUUAAUGGUCUUGCACUGGUUUAUUAACUUGUGUGUGAGGAUUUGAUGAAUUGAAUAUAAUUGAAGAAUAUCCAAUUUUGUUUUUCUUCCUUUCA